AUGGCGAAAAGAAAAAAAGACGACGAGUAUCGUACAUUUCAGGACGAAUGGACCGAAGAAUUCGCCUUUGUGGAGAGAGCGGGUUCUGCGCUAGCUGGCUGCACAUCCAGUCUCCUACAGUCCUUCAAAGCACGCUUUGGAGAAUUUCGUGAGCACACUCGUCUUUUUAAGUUCAUCACCCAUCCAAACGAGUGUUCACUGAACACAGCUGACCUGAAUUACAUCCCUGGUGUCUCCGUCAGAGAUUUUGAAGCAGAAGUGGCUGACCUGAAGGCCUCAGACAUUUUGAGGGACGCCAUGGCUUCGCUGUCAGAGGAGGUGCUUCUUGUGGUGAAAAAAGUUCGCCAGAAGAAGCAGGAUGGCACUCUUUACCUGAUGGCAGAGCGAGUGGCCUGGGGUCCAGAAGGGAAAGACCGUUUCACAGUCAGCCACCUUUAUGCGGACAUCCGUUGUCAAAAGAUUAGUCCAGAUGGUAAAGCCAAAAUUCAGCUGCAGCUAGUCCUUCACACUGGAGAAAGUACCACAUUCCAUUUUUCUAAUGAGAGCACUGCAUUAAAGGACAGGGAAGCUGCUAAAGAACUGUUACAGCAGCUACUCCCAAAGUUCAAGAAAAAGGCAAAUAAAGAACUGGAGGAGAAAAACAGGAUGCUUCAGGAAGAUCCAGUCCUCUUCCAAUUAUACAAAGACCUUGUUGUAAGCCAAGUAAUUACUGCUGAAGAGUUUUGGGCCAAUCGUUUAGGUGGGAUAAACAAUGCCGAUUCAAAUGUGUCCAAUAAAAAACAAGAAGUCGGCAUUUCUGGAGCUUUCCUGGCUGAUGUUAGACCACAGACUGAUGGCUGCAAUAGGUUGAUAUAUAAUUUGACGGCUGACAUUAUUGAGUCGAUCUUCAGAACAUAUCCUGCAGUGAAACAGAAAUACAGUGAAAAUGUGCCUCAUAACUUAACCGAAGAGAAGUUCUGGACAUGUUUUUUCCAGUCCCAAUACUUUCAUAGAGACCGAAUCAACACCGGAUCACAGGAUAUCUUCUCAGAAUGUGCCAAGCAGGAUGAAAAAGGAUUAAAGUCUAUGGUUGUUCAAGGAGUAAAAAAUCCACUAGUAGAUCUUUUGUCCUUGGAGGAUAAAUCAUUAGAAGAGGGUUAUGGUCUGAACGUAUCUACUCCUUCCACUUCUAAUUCCCAUAAGUCGGUGAAGGACAGCUGCAACUCUGCCAUUAUUAAGAGGUUUAAUCAUCAUAGUGCUAUGGUGCUAGCAGCUGGCUCACGGAAGGGCGAUGCGCCUCUUGAGCAGGCCAGUGAGACGAGCAGUACAGAUGGAAACUCCAGAGACUCUGAUUUUUUCCAACCUCCUAUUAAAAAGGUCAAAUUACAAGAAGCCAUUGAGUACGAGGAUCUUCAGAUAAAAAAUAGACCAAAAACGGUUCCAUUAAAUCUCAAAAAGUCUGACAGAUAUGCCCAUGGCCCUGUGCCUCUUCAGUCCCUACAGUUCACAACCAGUCAGGAUAUAAUCAAUUCUGUCACCUUCAUACAGCAUGAGAUGGCAAACUACAAACUGAAUCUUUCUCAGGUGUUGUCCAGCUCGGCUGCUAGUUCUGCUAUUGCUGCACUUUCCCCUGGUGGUGUUCUCAUGCAUGGAGGCUCACAGCAAGCCAUUAAUCAGAUGAUCCCGAGUGAGGUUCAAGGAGAGUUGAAACAUCUGUAUGCUGCUGCAGCGGAGCUAUUGAGGCAUUUCUGGUCCUGUUUCCCAGCUAACACACCCUUUUUAGAAGAGAAGGUGAUAAAAAUGAAGACAAAUCUUGAAAAGUUUCAGUUGACCAAGCUUCGACCUUUUCAGGAGAAAGUGCAACGUCAGUAUUUAAGUGUUAAUCUUACAGGACACUUGGAAGAGAUGCUUCAAAAAGCUUAUAGCAAGUUCCAGAUUUGGCAAAACCGGCGAAUGAUGAGGAAAACAUGA